CGCGUCCCUCCCGGCCCGCGGCGGCGCGGGCGCUGAGCUGCGCGGGCGGCUCCGUUCCCGCCCUGCCGCUCCCCUCUGAGCGUUACUCGGUGCGCGCCGCCUGAAAGCGCUCCCCUGAACUCUCUCUAAAACUCCGUUAAAGCUCGAGGAAGCGCCGGCAGGGAACGUGCACGGACUGUGUAGGUGCCCUUCUGGCCUGAAAGGCAGCCGCACGCACGUUGCGUUGGGAAGCCAGGUGUGAAUUACGGCGCGGGAGAGUAGUGAGGCAGGUUGCCAUGGCUCGGCUGAUAGAAGAAGAUUCUUAUGUUGAAGUUUACCAAAUCAUCCUGACAGAAUAAUUAUGAUGUCAUGCCAUGUCAGAUUUUUGGAAACAAUGUCAAAAAAUGAACUGAAGAACGUGUUGAAAACUAAGAAAUAGCCAAAAAACCACCAACCCAAGCCAGAGACCUUGAACUUAGCCAAAGAGUGAUGGAUGAAAGACAACCUGUAAUGGGUGGACUGAGAAGAGUACGAGCUGCAAGAAGGCUGCACCAUGCACCAGGGUACCAGAGGUCUUUGAAGAGUCAUUUGCGAUGUUUCAACUCAGCAAAUUUUGGCGAUGAAGCAUCCUGUAAAAAACGAGAGGAUUAUCUGGAAUGGCCUGAAUAUUUUAUGGCAGUCGCAUUUUUGUCAGCACAGAGAAGCAAGGAUCCAAGUUCUCAGGUUGGUGCCUGUAUUGUAAAUUCAGAAAACAAGAUUGUUGGAAUUGGGUACAAUGGGAUGCCUAAUGGCUGCAGUGAUGAUGCACUACCUUGGACAAGAACAGCAGCACAUAGAUUAGACACAAAGUAUCCUUACGUGUGCCAUGCUGAACUGAAUGCCAUCAUGAACAAAAACUCAGCCGAUGUGAAAGGGUGCAGCAUGUAUGUUGCCUUAUUUCCAUGUAAUGAAUGUGCAAAGCUCAUCAUCCAGGCAGGCAUAAAGGAAGUGAUUUAUAUGUCUGACAAGUAUCAUGACUCUAUUGAAAUGACGGCGGCACGGCGGAUGUUUGAUUUAGCUGGUAUUGUAUACAGGGAAUUCAAGCCAAAAUGUAACAAGAUCAUCAUCGACUUUGAUUCAAUUAACAGCAGACCAAGUCAAAAACUUCUGUGAAUUAAGUCCCAUUAUAUCUCUAGAAGACUGUGAUUAUCCUUCUCUAAAAAGCUGCUAAUGCCUUUCAUCUUGAAGUUACUUGCAACUUUUUAAUGGCUUCUACAGUAAAGUAGACUUCUAAGAAAUGUAAGGCAUAAAAUGUUCCUCUCACUCCAUCUUGUCACGUGGAAUCUAAAUCAACUUAAAAUUUUUAAUGCCUUUAUCAAAUCUGCUUUAAAAGUCUAGGAAUGUAGAUGAGACAAUAUAAUCCAUGUACAGAAAACAGUUCUGGUUCUUGCUGCAUUCAUCACCACAUGCUCUGAUUGGCUGUUAGCACUGAUUUAGAGUCAGUUAAACAGCAGUUCUUAUAGUAACCAGUAGUACAUUCAAAUAUGCUAAUAUAUGUUGAUCUCUCUAUUGGGUGUGUGGAUCUAAAUAGCUGAUCCUAAUAAAUGACAAAAUGUGUUAUCCAUACAAAUACCAAUCUUCUAACUCGCAUAACACUAGUGUUUUAAAAGGUUAUACAGAUUAAAGUAUAUAUUGUAUUUUACAUGUGUUACCCAACAAAAGGAAGUUGAUUUUUCCAUUAACUGCUAUCUAAUACUAUUAUACUUGUGCAGUGGUGAGACAGGAAGUUGUUCUGAGAAUGGUCGAUGCUGGAGCAAGCUUAAGAGACCUUUCAAUUCUUUUUUUUUUCACCAAGACUCCAGAAUUGAAGGGGUUAGAAGGACUAUAUCAUUUCUCUCUUACCUUUGGGACACCUAUUUGGAGUUGGUUUUCAGGUAUAGAAGGAAAUUAGUUUAUUGGUCUAAGUUCAUUCUAGACGAUCCAAUACGGUUCAGUCUUAAAAUUAACCUGUAAGAUAACUCAAUCAUUUUUUUGCCCUUUGAGAGAAAUUGGAGAUACUCAACCCAUAUCCACAUCUGAGCCAAAAGAGGUAAUUAUUAUGGUGUUAGCUUGUUUCCCAGUGCUGGCGUAGUACUUUCAUUUCUUAAAUGUUGCCUAAAAUAAUAUCCUUUUUAAUUUUAUUUUGAGAUCUGGGAAUAUAUUUUGUGUUCAUUUUCUCUAAUUUGAUUUUUUUCAAAUUAAAUAUGCCUAAUGGCUUUGUUUUA